AUGGAAACUGUGCGGGAGCUGACCCCACGGGGCCAGCAGGUGGGGGCCCAGAGGCGCAGUCACCCGCUGCUGAAGCUGUACCUGCUGGGCAGUGUGCUGGCCCUGGUUGGAGCUGUGCUGGCCCUGGUGGACACCGUGUGCAGCCCCUUCUCUGCCGCCAGCCGCCGGCACGCGCGGGAAGCUGCCCUGUGCGAGCUGGGGGCCGCCCGCCAGCCCCCUGGCCCACAGGUGCUCGCCAAGAGCCAGCCGGACAGCAGCCAGGGCAGCAGGACCCUGACACCCCGGCAGCACGCGUCCUAG